AGAAGGCAAGUAUAAUGCAUAUUUUCGAAUAUGUAAAUAUCGAGACGGAAGUGAUCGUCCUAGAAAAUAUUUAACAUUUCAGUCGAUAAGAUACACAAUUUCGGAAAAACAACUAAAAUUCCAGACGAAAAUUAGGAUAAAUCACAUAGGGGCUGUGUUGUACUGCAAAGCAACGAAAAUGAUUUUGAUUUCCUGUUUCGUCAAAUGUCUGAUGUUCAUAACUGUAUCAUCAAUUACUUACCCACCAACGUUCAUUGAAAUGCCUCCAAGCGAUAAAGUUUUUAUACCUGGUGAAGCUAUCCGUUUACCAUGUGUUGCCAAAGGUUCUCCUUCACCUAAGUGAGUUUUGAAGUAGAUAUACCGAUCAUUUAGAUAUUUUUGGUACAAGAACGGACAAUACUUCAAUUGGGCAGCCAAUACUGGGAGAUAUACGAAGUGGCCAGAUCAUGGUACACUCGUGAUCGCUAGACCAGGAACUGAUGAUGACGGGAUGUAUCAGUGUAUUGCAAAAAAUCAGUUUGGAACUGCACUUUCUAUCAUUGUCAAUGUUAAAAGGGCUGAGCUUGGGGACUUUGAGUUAACAAAAGAACAAAAAGUACGUGCAUCUCUGGGUCAAUCUGUCAGGCUUGCUUGUCAAGUUCCAGUUGGUUAUCCACCUCCAGUCGUCACAUGGCAAACGGAGAAAAAUGCUCAGAUUCAUUAUUUAAAAGAAACGAAUCGAAGAGCAACUGAUAUUAAUGGUUAUCUUUACAUUGCUACAGUUAUCCCUGAAGAUGAUGAUACACUAUAUACAUGUGUAGCAAAUAAUGAAGUACUACGUAUUCAGAAGAGUGGUCCGUCGUUUCGUCUCUCUGUUCAUGGACAACAGUCUACAUACCCAGUGAAGACAGACUACAGGUCCCCAAGAACAGAAGAUGCUGCAGUUGGUGAUAUAGUUCAACUGAGAUGUAUCUACAGUGGUUAUCCUGAACCACAGUAUACCUGGUUCAAAGAUGAAAGUGAAAAAAUUACUCUGCCGAAUGUAAAGAUUAAGAAUAUGGGCACAAUGUUAGAAAUAAACCCUGUAACUAUUGAAUCUGCUGGUGAAUACAGAUGUCAAGGAAUAAAUGAAGUAACAAAAAAUACAGUGAAUAGUCAAUUUACCGUCUUUGUACGAGUUCGUCCGAAAUUUAUAGAAAAACCUGAAGAUAUUACUGUACCUGUAAAUGGAUCAGUAACAUUUCGAUGUACAGCAUCAGGAGAUCCACCGCCUAAAAUACGUUGGACUAUAAAUGGUGAAGAUCCAUCUAGUUAUUUAGAUGGUGUACGUAAAGUUUUACAUGGAAAUACAAUGCAAUUGAGUAAUUUAACAAUUAAAGAUAGCGCAGUUAUUCAGUGUAAUGCAUCUAAUAAAUUUGGCUAUGCUUUUACAAAUGCUUAUGUAAAUGUUAUGCGUGAAGCACCUUAUUUUAUGAAACCACCAGAAUCUGUUGUACGUGCGGUAGACGGAAAUCAAGUCACAUUAUUUUGUCAAACAUUUUCAGCACCCAAAGCUAUCAUCUCAUGGACUAAAGAUAGACGACCAAUUAAUGGUGGUCGAUAUAAAAUAUUAGCAUCUGGGGAUUUAUUUAUUGAAUCUGUGGCUAUUACUGAUUCUGGUGUUUAUGAGUGCACAGCAACAAAUCCAUUUGGAAGUAAAAAGGCCUCAGGGAAAUUGUUAGUAAGACGCAAAACUAGAAUUGUUCUUGCUCCAAUCAACACAAGAGUAUAUGAAAAUGAUGUCGUCAAAUUUGUCUGUACAGCUGAAACGGAUCCAGCCGAAGUAUCUAAUCUUAAAAUUACAUGGUAUAAGGAUGAUAAUUAUAUUGAUCCAAAUUUAACACCUAGAAUUCAACAAGUCUGGUUUGAUUAUGCGUUGGUUUUAAGUGGUGCCCAACCUCGUGAUACUGGACAGUAUCGUUGUAAUGCUAGUAAUGGUUUAGAUUUUGAUACAGCUACUGCACCACUACUUGUCCAAGGUCGACCAGAACAAGCCAUUAAUGUACAAGUUAAUUGUGUUGAUUUUAUUAAUGAGGAAUUGGCUCUGAUAACUUGGUAUCCAGGAUCUGAUAAUUAUGCUCCUAUUAUGGAGUAUAUAGUUGAAUAUUCCACCCAAUUUGAACGCGACACCUGGUAUCCAGCUGAAAUCUUCAACUUAACUGGAUUGGUUCAAAGUACUUCAAUUAAGGUUGUGUUAAGGCCAAAUAUCCAAUAUCAGUUUCGUGUUCGAACAAGAAACCGUGUUGGUGUUUCUCUACCUAGUCAACCAACUACAAAAACAUGCGGUAUUCCUGGACGUGUACCAUCAGUUAAUCCUAGAGAACUUUAUGUAUUUGGAACAAUAGGCAAUAAUCUAGUGAUUAGAUGGACAACAUUGCCGUUUAUAGAACAUAAUGGAAACAAUUUAGGUUAUAUUCUUACUGUUCAAUGUUUGAAUUGUGCCUCUGUACAAUCAAGUGCCGUGAAUACAACAGUAAUAGGUGAUUGGAGAACUGAUCGUAUUGUAUAUACAUCAUUUAAAGCUGGUGUUGUUGUUUCUGAAAUUGAAUCUUAUAAAUUAUUUCGAGUUACAAUACAAAGUCGCAAUGAAAAAGGUGUCAGUACUCAGUCGCCUACUGUGGCUUUAGGUUAUUCUAGUGAAGCUAUGCCAACAGUUUCACCACCGGCACCUACUGUUAUAAAUUCAACUGUUCAAGGAGUUCAUUUAAAGUUAAAAAUAAUAGAAGCUAAUCAAGUAGCUGAUAUUAAAGGAUUUUUUAGAGGUUAUCGAAUUGAAUGGUGUGAUGCAAGUUUAGAUCCAGUAAAAUGUGAUGCAUUAAGACAAUUUAAAGAUAUAAUAUUUCGUGUACCUAGUACUCCAGUUCUUUAUACCAAUCGUCGACGAAGAUCUAUAGAAACGAUGGAGAAAACGAUUGAUCAUCCAAGUACAACUGAAGGUGAUAUUUUUCAUGCCUAUGAAUCAGUUUUGGAACGUUAUCUACCUGCUUCAAGAAAAGCUUAUUAUAAAUGGCUUAUGCAUUCCGCAGUACUUGAUGAACCGAAUCCUAUUUGCAAAAGUACUCCCAAAAGAAAUAUAUCAUGUCCAGGAGCUGGUUUGUUUCCUCGAGCUGCUCAGUCACCAUCUGUACUUGGAGAUGCUUAUAGCAUGUUACUUGCUCGCAGACCCCGCCAAUCUCUUUCUCCUGUUAGCCCAAUGGAUGAACAGUCAAUACAACCAGAAUUUAAUUGGGGUAUGAGCAUAAACUACUUGCUUACUGGAGUUCCUGGUGCAACAAAUAUUAAACUGUGGAUUCGGGUUCUAACUAAUAAAUACGCUGGUCCGGCUAGUCCUAUUGUAGAAUUAAUGACAUCAGGUGGUUUAUCUGGUCCAAUAUCCAAUUUACAGGCAGAUGCAAUCAGUGUUAACUAUAUCGAUGUAUCAUGGUCUAUACCAACUGAACCAAAUGGAUAUAUUAUAGGCUAUGAACUUGAAGCUAUGGAAUUAAAUGGUUUGGACGUUGGCUAUGGAUUUAGAUAUCCUCCAAUCACAGAUAACUCUUCAACAUCCUAUCGAAUGUCCCGAUUGAAAGGAAACACAACAUACCGUAUAACAAUAUGGCCAAUUACGGCAGCUGGUCUUGGAGUUGAUAAUUUUAUUGACAUACAAACAGCACCAACUGAUCAAGCUCCUAGUCCACCAACAUUCGUUAUUACUCAUGUGACUGAGACUGGAUUUACUAUUAUAUAUGAACCUAGUCAUGUUGGUCUACCAGGCACUGUAUUUUUUGUUCAGUAUCGUCAACCUGGUAUUGUUCAUUGGUUAGAAUCAGUUCGUACAUUUAUAAACCGGACAAUAACUGUUGAUGGACUAAUGUCAGAUACAACGUACACAGUACGAAUGGUUGCGACUAAUGGUGAUGUUUUGUCAACAGCAAGUGAAGACAGAGUGAUACACACACUAGGUGGUCCUAGUCCAGGAAGCUUAGCUGGAGAUAGCGGAACAUGGUUUAUUAUUGUUUGCACUUUGCUACUUUUCUUCAUAGCACUACUUAUUCUGUUAAUAUUAGUAAGAAAAAGACGACUUGAAGUUGUGCAAAAGAAAGCAAAUGAACCUUUAAUGGAAUCACAUCAAUCUCUUAUGAGCCCUGAAUAUGCUCAACCAGGAGAUCCUGAUGCUCAGUUUUUGUAUCAUCUUCCAGAACACAAUUAUCAAGCUUUUUCAGAAUCAAGACAUUCGUUAGGCGACCCACUGUCACGACCUACCAAUCCCGAUGUUGAUGGAAAUGAAAGUGAAGAUCAAUGGUCUCCUAGUGAAUCUGAAACAGUCCGAAAUCGCGGAUUACGAAAUCGAGAAAUUGAUCAUUUUGAAUCAGAAUUUGAAAGAUCCCCUGGACCAAGUGAUAGUGAAAUAGGUCAAGAAAGUUAUAAUAGAUCACGAAAUAUCCCUCAAGUACCAAAACGUCGUAUACGACCAUCAUCUUCACGAAAUCGCAAUACAAUUAGUAACAAUAGUAAUUCUUCCAUUCACUCUUAUAAUGCAGAAGAUCCUACAAUAAUCUAACAGUUUAUCUUAGUACCUUUUAUCUUUUAACUUUUUUUUAUAAAUAAAGAAUUCAAUGAUAUGUUCACUACUGUAAACCAGAUAGAGAUCUGGAUUAAUUAAUAAAACGAAAUGUUGUUUUUCAAAAGAUAUUCGUUGAAAUAAUUUAAUGUAUUUUGUUUUUAUAAUUUUAUGGGUUGUAGUGAAUUUGAAAUUCUCCAUAUAUUUAUCAUUCAGCAUAAGUUGAAUGAUAGAAAAUUGACAGAAAAAACCAGUUAUCUUUGACUAAUUGUCUCAAAAUAUUCUAAUCAUAGUGGUUUAUUCAUUAUUAACAAAAUCACAUGAAAUGUCAAAAUGAUAUUCGAUGAAAUGUAAUUAUUUGUACACUUGUUUUGCUAAAUAUAGACUUCUGUUAAAAUAUAGUC